CAAUUCCACUUACAGGCGAGCCUAUGGCAUCUGUACUCUAUCUAUAAUAUCUCUAUGAUCGUGAUACUGUCUCCUUAAUUCCGACUACCCUUCCUUUGUCAUCAAAUUGUUUUCGUCAUUAGCGUCAAAUUUACGCGUGCAUUUGCACAGCUGGUAGUCUGGUAUCUGGUAGCCAUAGCAGACGACAGAUCAGAUAAUGUCAAAAUACGUGUGUCACUUAUUGUGCUUUACAAAGUAAUCGUUUAAUCGGUUUGUUUUAAAUUAAAAUUAAAAACAGUUUAGGAAUAGAUAUGAUAGACAACCUUGCUGCCAAGUUAUGUUUACUUUUGCCAGAGAAAGCGCAUUCAGCCGAGCAGUGGAAAUUACUGGGUCAAGAGAAGGAUGGGUCUUUAUUAGUCGGAUGGACAGAAGAGAUCGUAGAGAACGAUAUAAGCAAGUGGUAUACCGUUAUAGGCCAUUACGACCGGAUUAAUGAUAAGCUACAAGUAUUGCAUCAAUUCUCAGAAGUAUUAAACAUUGUACAAGCUACAAUUAAUCAAAAUCGUACAGCUUUUGGAUAUGUGACGAAGCAUAAAGUGUCUGUGGAUUCUUGUUCAGAAUCUGUGCAAACCACAGAUGAAACAGAUCAGGAUGUAAAUAAUGAAGUUGAAAUGUAUGAAGCGUUUAUUGUCGAAUUGAAAGGGAAAGAAAUUCAAGUUCACGAUUUGAAUACAAAGAAACUUAAACAAGUGAGAAUACAAUUUCUUUAUAAAGAAAAGGGAAAUGGACAAUGGGACAAAUUUUUAUUAUUAAUUCAUCAAGAAUGUAUUAUGAUAUACACCAUAGUAUUUGAUACAUCUGUACCAGAAUUUUAUUCGAUACAAGACUUGAAAUCUGAAUCAUUAGUGAAAACAUUUAUCUGGGCCCAAUGGGAUAUGAUAAAUCAGGUUCUGUAUCAUAUACACCAUAGAAAAAUGGCAGUGAGUGUGGUCUCUGAAAAUGAAGAAGACAAAGAAAAUAAAUCUGUAAGAACCAAUCCGACUCUCAGUGGUUUACAGUUCCACGAUGAAUUACCACACGAGACUGUGUUGAACAUACCAUUGAAUUUACCUCAACUGUCGACCUCUUCCAAUUGUGGAACAUACGAGGACGAUGUUAUACCUUUAAGGGUUCACGAUUGCUCGUUGGAUCUUAUAGUGGUCUGUGACUCUAAAGGAAUGGUCUGUGUUUGCCACCAUUACCUGUACCGUCCAGUAAAACCGCAACAGCAUGUACUUAAUUCAUUGAACGAGUCUAACACCGUGCAUUUCGCGUAUUCGGUAACGCUUCUCCAUCACAGCUGCGUGAUCCAUUGUGUCAUACCAGGCAUACCAUGGUCCCGCGCAAAACUUAUACGGCCGACCUUCGUGAUCUACGAACAUCAUCACAUGAUCGUUCUCGCGCCAGGUCUGUUCACUCACCUGCUCGAAAUUGGAACGAAUCACGAACCAUGCUGCCACAUAUUAUGCGGUCCUUUAACUUCUCUCCCGCCUCGCUCUUCUUAUUUGGUACCGUUGCUCGAGUUCGAGAGUAAUGUCAAAGGAAACAAAAAGAAGUACGAGCCGGUUUCUCAGGAAGGAAGUAAUACGUCUCAAUCUAAUACGAGCAUACUAACAAUAGAUCUACCCACCCUGGAUCUGGUGCAAUUAACAAUUUCAUUCGACUUCCUUAUCGAAGUGUUCCGUAAAGAAAGUUCGGCAGAGGUGCGGCUGGGAAUCUUGCAUUACUUCCUCUGUCACAGAAACGAUCUAGAUAUUAUUUCGGAAUUAGUAUGCACGAUCGCAGAGAAACCCAGAUCGUUGGAGUUCGUACGAUAUAUGCAAGAGAUUCUGAUCGGCGGUUCGUACGCGUUGGUACAAAAAAAUUUAUUGGCAGACGCUCUACCUCUAUUGGCCUUGCUACCUGUUACGACUAUGGAAGAGUACGUGAGCUUCGAGAUCAAAGUGAACGAUCUGAGUAUAACGUUGAGUCACGAGAAACUAUGGAACACGUCGGUAAUGUUGUUGUCGCCGCAGCAAAGAUUGAUCCCUUAUCGCAGCGACCUGUGGACUAGAUUGUGGGAUCAGCUUAGUAAAAAUAACGGAGACAAAACGAGGUUCAGACCGAGCAAAAUUGCUGAGAAAUUGUUAGUCUCUCUGGCAUGCUAUCAGCCUGAAGCACUGUCUAGAUCCAGUACCCCGAUGUCUCCGAGCGGAGGAUUAGUCGUGGCUACGGUAUCCCUCGGAGAUUUAACGAGUAGUCGUAGCAGUAAACUAUUAGAUUCGGUUUUACCAUUUAACGAGACGGAGAGCUGUACAGCUUCUAAGCAGGAACAUAUCGUAUCCGUGAAUUUACGCGAGUUAUCCAUGUACUUACUGAAACACGGAAUCCAGACGUCGGUAACGCAUGUUCAGGGAUCUUGUACUCCGUUGCAUGUUCACGCGAUGGCAACGAGACACGUAGCAGCGCAGUUAGAAACUUCGCGAGCCCUUUGCCAAAUCCUUUGCCGCGCUGCCAGCGUCGAUCCGCGGAUAGAACAGGAACGCGGCUUCAUCCUCGUUGACCAAUUGGAUGAAGCGAGACGAUGGUUAUUGUUCGUAUUGUUAGAGCGUUACAGGCGAGCUAUCGAAAGUAUCGCGUUCCCGGCACCACAGGGAUUCACGUCAUUCUUUACUUAUCUUGGGUACAGAACAUUAAAAUAUUCAAUGUUUCUCCAGUAUGUACAACGAUCAGUAUUCGAGUUACAAGUCGAUGUCAGUAAAAUUAUUAUGGCUGACAUCAGCGACACAAAGGAAAACGUCGUUCGUAAGCUAACUUUGCUGUCUUUGCUACCGAGAUCAAGAGCCAAGAGGCUUUUGAAUCAGUGGCUACAUCCUGUAAGCUUCAUGUUAAGAGCUCGCGAACACGCAGCGAAUAUUUUGUCUGGCGAAGUAUGCCAGAAUCGUGGCAGAACGUUGCAGCAAAGAAAUCACCAUAACGGUCUGGCUGCGUUCCCGUCAGCGGAUCGUUUAUCUCCUCUGGACACGUUCCUCGAUCUGCUCACGGCUAAAGCUAGUCUGACUGAAUUAGAUUUCGGCCUGCUAAUAGAGGCUACGGUAACAUCCACGGAAGAUUUCUUGUAGGUAAAUAUAUUUUAGUUCCUUUGCGUUUAACUAUAAUCAAUAGAACGUGUGCACCCUCAAAUGUGUGCAAAGUGCCAUUAUUAUCUUCCGAUUAUUAUUUACAAAUCUGUAGGUUCAAACGUAUUUUAUAAAUUUCUGCCAAGCUCUGCACAGCAGGUCUCAAAGAUGUUUAAAAAUUGACAAACUUUUACACGUUCUAAAAUUUACUUCAUGAUAUUACGUUUUAUCUCUUGUUUUUUAUAUGCGUAUAUUAACUUUUACCAAUUGAACUUUUAUUAUUAUAUUGUUAUAAUUUUAUAUAUUAAUAUUGUUAAUCAGUUCGUCAAAGACUUGUGUGAUGUUAUGUAUCCAACGUUUAUUUAAUUACAAAAGUAUCAAUGUACGUUAUACCUGUAACGCGUUGUCUGAGUAGCAUAGAAGUGAAUUUUACGAGUCGUCAAUUUUAUGCGUAAACUUUCUAUGUCCAUCGUCAAUAGUACUGUUAACAAAACUACAUAUCAGAGGAUAUGUCCAUGUACAUACAAAGAAGAAACAGUAUUAACCAUUUUUAUGUAAAACUGAAUAUAAACCUCUAAAAAAAAAACUAAUGUUCUUC